CAAAAUGCUAAUUCAUGCAAUUUUUUAACUGGUCUUAAGAUUUUGAUCAGGAAUGUAUUUGUUUCAUCCACAACAAUUUGACAACUAAAGCUCUGGUCACUAGAGGGCGCCCUGACUCUGAUGAUUCGUGCUGAUGGUUACCAGCAGCUCCAAUAAAUUACGAGAGUGACGAUGUAGAGAGGAUUGUCAAAAGGCAAUGACGACUAUUCUAGUGUAUACUGCAUGUUUGAGGAAAGUCUAAUCUGUAUUCCUGUCUGGCUUUAUCUAGAGCACAGUAUUGUAAAAGGUUAAAAACAGUUCAACCAGUUUUGAAAUCAAUAUUUCCCCGGUUCAUGACCCCAUGUUCAAUUUGGUCAAAGUCAAUGUUUGAUUUGAAAAUGGUGUAAGACAUUGUACUGAUGAAGAGCUAACUGAAAGAAGGCAUCACUCAACACGAAUGUCUUCAAAUAAAUGUGUGUAUGCAUAACCAGCCCACUACACAGAGACGUCAAAAGAAGUGAUUCAGUGGAAAAUGUGGUGGCAAUGAUGUAUAGAUAAGAUAAUCAGUAUUUUUCGUUGGUGGAAGUUGUCAGAAGUGCUCAAGUAAAAGCUGCCAACACAAUGUAAUUACACAAGUGUAUUCAGCAAGUACUUAUAAUAAGAAUCAAUGAUAUUAUUUAUGAUAUUAUAUUUUGUUAAUACUGAUACAAUAAGGUGUCAGCAGUAUCUUAUACUGUUCCAAUUGUUCAAGGUUAAUGCAUGUUCAGGUAGCUUGGAACGGUCAGUGCAAAGUGUUUCAUUGGGGGGAAAAGUCUGUAAUAUUGUACUUCCCCAUAACUCUAGGAAUAUUAUGCAUACAAACUUUAAAACUGGAUUACUGAUUAACAUUUAAAUUAAAAAGAUGCUGAAAUGCUCAUUUGUGCCUUUCUUACUUGCUAAAUUGGAUUACCUAAAAGGGAUAAUAAUUAUAGCUAGUUCAAAAUGAUAUAGCGAUAAAGAAAGCAGAUUAAAUAUACACUGAAGACCCUACACUGGCUACCUGCACCUUUCAGAAAGGAUUUUAAAGCUAUUUUAAUUGUCUAGAAUCCUUGGACUUAUCUGCUUACAAAAGAUUUUUACCUUCAUGUUCAAGUCAACAGCUAAAUCCUCUACUUUUACUUUUAAAUGUUCCUUGUGUGAUUUAUACAUCCCUCCAACAUUAAUUACAUGGUAAAUUGUAUUUAACUUGGAUUCAGUUAAAACUCUGGGAUUGUUUAAUUCAUGGUUAAAUGCAUUUAUUGUAAGUCACUUUGGAUAAAAGCGUCAGCUAAAUGAAAUGUAAUGUAAUGUUAAGAGUGAAUUAAUAAAAAGAUCAAAUUGAAAUGCCCAUUUUUUUUCCAUAAUCUAAUCAACAUUUUCAAGUUGAAAGUUAAACUGGAUUAUUGUUCAGCAAUUUUAAGAAACAGUUAUCGAAAUUUUCACAGUGAAAUUUCCCACUGACUGAUGCACCCUGUGCCUCUUUUUCAUGAGUGUGAUAUAUGAUGAUAUUAUUUAUGAGGUGACAUUAGAACACAUACACAGCGUCCAUGUUACACCACGUCCUCAUGGGGAAUUGUGUUUGUAUUCCAGCAUGGAUCAGACUAGCUGUGUGAGGCUAAACCACUGACAGGGAUGAGGAAAAGGCUAGGUGUGUUCACAUGUGUGGACCUGUGAUUUCUGAUCACCCCUUCGGAUACACUCUCCAUGUGCUUAACUUAACCAGUGAACAGUGAACAAUAGUGUGUUUGUCCAUACAGAUUUACAAAUACUUAACCACAUCACUCUGCAUUGUACUGAUGAUGAAUUGCACAAGUCCUUCAGAGGUAAAUAUCCUUCCAGUGAUUCACAUCUGCUGUGCCCUGGAAUGGACUGUCAGACAACUAUUAUUUUUGGACAUAAGUUCUCAUGGUUUACAUGCACUGUUGUGACAUGUGGACACAUGGAUAGUGGUCCAGGGUCAAUAGAGGCCCAAGUGCAUCUUAUUAUUUACAGUGGUUGCUUACAAAAUAAUAAAAAAAUGAGUCGAACCUUACCCUAACUUAACUUGAUCCUGUGUUUCUGUCUGUGUUUCAGCAUUCAUGCUUGUAUGUGCACAUUACUUUAUCUUUCUUUUAACGUGUUACUGAGUUUAUCAAAUGGAUUUAUUUCCCCUAUGUAGAUGUGCUGAUAUGUGCUUACUUUCUACAGAUAUCUGUAUCUUACUUUACCUAAAUGUUACUGUUGCUAACGUCCUGUCAUGUCUUCUUCGUAUCUUUGCGCUUUGGCUCAGUCACACAGUAUCGAUGUUUAAAAUCUCUCGAAGAAGAACGGCAGCGACAUCACUCUGUGGUCCUGUCCCUUGUGUGUGUGUGUGGAUGUCCCAAGAACGCGCUCGCAGGAAGUUCCUAUCCUGUCGAGAGCGCGACAUAUGACGUAAGUUGCUUGCCGCGCAGUGAUGAUGGCGUCGCGUGAACGCGCAGCAAAAGUAAUGGCUGCUCUGGAUCGGCGGGUGCCUAGCCUCGAUGAUUUCGUAGGUCAAAGCUGGAGUACCUGGGCCGAUUGGGCCGUUGUGACAGCGGCAGAUGGGCCUGAUGUGGAAGACAGCAGCAAGAAUGGCAAAAAAGCUGCGGAGGCCAUGUCUCUCAGUAAGGAGGACAUGUCCAUCUUUGGUCUUUAUCCUGGCCAUGAUGACUUCUACCUGGUGGUGUGCAGCCAUUGUGGACAAGUAGUGAAGCCGCAGGCAUUUGAAAAGCACUGCGAGUGGAGACAUGGCCCUGUUGCCAAGCUGUACGCUAGACUACGCUCUCCCACCCCUGCAUCCCAACCCCAGCAGAGGCCCCACCAGGGCCACUCUCCUUCUUCUGGGACCAAUUCUGCUUCUGCUUCUUCCUGGGAGGGUAGAGGUCAGGGUGUUGGCCAGCUACGGGCAGCCCCACCGUCACCUUCUACCCCACCCCAGUACAGACACUCCAAGAACUCCAAAGAUGCAGUACGACAUUCCCCACUGGAGAAGUUGUCCUCCUACAGCAGUCACACAGAGUCAUCAGUAUUCAAGCAGCCGUCGCCUUUGGAGCAUCCGAUGAGCUCUCCACCCCCAUCACUCAGAGAUCACCCCUGGCCGCAUGGAAGCACUCCACCUGGUAGGCCUUCGCCUAGUGACAGGCCACCCGCCCAGAGCCAGGAUUCCCCUCUGGCCCCUGCAAUGCCACCCCACCGGAUCCCAAGACCCUACAACAAAGUGGCCUCCAAGAGGGAGUGUGACUUGGACAAACACUGCGGCGUCCUUGAUCCUGAUAGGAAGAAAGUCUGCACUCGCCUCCUGACAUGCAACAUUCACUCCAUCCACCAGCGAAGGAAGGUUGUUGGCCGAAGCAAGAACUUUGACCAGCUGGUGGCAGAACUAAAGACCAAGGUUCGGGAGAAAGGAGGCCAUUUGUUGGAGGGAGGCUCCUCCAGUGGACGAUCCCCCAGCCCAGAGGCCCCCAGGGAGCAGCCUGGGGUACCGCACUGCAGAAGACCUCUGGCCAGCCUCCCUGCUUUCAGUCGAUCCACCGUUGAGUCAGAGUGCAGCCCAGAGGACGAGAAACAGCGGCAGGAUGAGGGAAGUCUCCGAACCCAAUCGCCUCUCGUCCAUGGACGAAUCUCCAGUGAUGAAAGUGAAGCAGAAGGACCUGAGGAGCCCUUAGAAUUCCCAUCUUCUUGUGCACAUCCGAGACCACUAGCGGUCUGUUCUUUUGGCAGCCAUGCGUUUGGUCACGGCAUCUACACGUUUGACAGGAGACUUCACCACCUAAGGUCGGCUCUCAGUAGUAUGCUGGAACAGCACAUCAGCGCCCACCUUUGGAAGAAAAUACCUCAAGCCACAGACCUUCAAUCUCCCUCUCCCUCAGCCAAGACCAUCACCUCCUUGUCCCCAUCCUCCAUAGCCACAAUUGCAUCACAUUCUAAAAUCCGAACAGCAAGUCAUAUAAACUCCUCUCUUAAAAGUGCGUCCUCUUGCUCCUCUUUCUCAUGUCGUGGUCCAGGAAGACCCCAGACAGCCAUGGAGUCAGAGAACUCUGCGGGCAGUGGUGGCAGCAGCAGCAGCAGCAGCAGCAGUAGUAGCUGCAGUAGCAGCUAUAGCGACGGCGGCGGAGGCAUCGGUGUUGGUCAUCUGGUGUCUCCAGGUAAAUCUGGGGCAAUGUGUCAGAUCAGUCCCGGGCGACCCAAGAACCCUGUUGGACGUCCAAGCAAGCAGAUGCUGAAGCUGCGAGAGGAGGCUGCUGCUGCCCUUCGCAAACGCAAAGCCCCAUCGCAGGAAGGGGAGCACUCAGGCCCGGACAGGAACUGCAUUAUCCUCCAGGACCGGGGCCGCCCACCUUCUGCCACCUCUUCCUCCUCCUCUUCUAAAGUCACCAUUCCCUCACCUCUUCCACAUGGACGGACCAAUGGCACGCUUUCUCCUGGAAGCAAACCCCGCCCACACCCCUCCCCAUCAGAGUCCCACUCACCAGCCGCCAAGGCAGUUUGGACGUACAAACGGACACACUCUUCUCUGAGCCAUUCAUCACCCCCAGACCUUUCCUCCACCAUCAACAACUCCCAUAACCGGGCAGGUAUGGGAGACUCAGGACUACACGGGCAGGUCGUUGGGAGGGGCUUCGAGCACCAGGGGCUUGUCAAGAAACGCAAGGGGGGAAGCAUGGAAGAGCACUCUCCUUCCUCUAAACCCUCAGCACACCGCCUGCCCUCUUCCUCCUCUUCCAGCUCUGCCACCACCUCCUCUCCACGCUCUAAUUUCUACACCUGGAAGGACAGUAAAGGUGGGGGGCUGGCUGGGGGUGUGGAGAAGAAAGUCGGCACACAGAAGGUGAGUUUAGUUAGAAAAGCAGGGAAACUGAGCAGCACAUGGGCUGGUGAGAAAAAUAAUUUGAAAGUUUAAGUUACAAUAUGCAGCUAGUCUCCUUGAGGCUGAGCUGUAUUGUGAGCCUUUGUUCCCAAUUGGUAUUGUGGGAUCAUAUGUGAUCAGAGAGAGGCAAAACAAAAGCAUUAUAUUUUAAUAUUAAUUGGAAGAUCCCAUAGAAAUGAGCAGACAUGUGUUUUAUGCUCACUGUUCCUUUCCUUGUGCACUGCGGCACGCACCAGAAAUGACAUUUCCUCUGGCGCACUGCAUCAUUUUGGCUGAUCCCAAUUUUUUUUAAUUGCUAAUUAUGUUUCCGGGUUGUCUGUCCAUACGUAUGUCCAUUCGCACACACGACCCUUUCUUGUGAACAAAUAAUCUCAGGAAUGUCUUGAGGGAUUUUCUUAAAAUUUGUACAACUAUUCACUUGAACUCAAAGAUGAACUACUUCGAAUUUGGCACCUGACGGUCAAUAGCCAAGGUCAUAGUGACCUCAAGUUUCUGUGAAUGUGAUGUCAGGACUGCCAGUAGGAUAUUUCUUUACAUCUUGCACAAGUCACGUUGACUCACCUCUUUACCCCUCAUACUUAAAGGGCCCAUAUUGUGCAAAAUACAUUUUCUGGGCUUUUACUAUCCGUAAUUACUUGAAGGGGGUCAGUAGGUACCCUCAAAGUAUGAAAACAGUCACUCCGCAGACUUUUUCACUCAGUCCACUCUAAGAAAAAUGUUAUUGAAACGUCUUGUUUCCUACUUCCGUACUGCCAUCAUGGAAUCGCACUCUUCUCCCAGCCCCAACCAGCCGGUACCAGUCCAGCCUCUGAAACCAUAGACUGUUUAUAAUCUCUGAACCCACCGCUCCACACCACCACCCCUCCGCACCGAACACGACACCAAGCAGACAUGUUGCUGAGCUAGCAGCUUGUUAGCUACCACAGGCUAACCACAACAAACCACACUGAAGAAACACUGCAGUGUGGAGGAAUGCAAGGAAGAGAAUGUGUCCGUGCACAUUCCUCCUAAGAAUGUUACUGUUCGAGACCAGCGGUUACGCUUUAUUUCUUCUGACAUGCCGUGUCAGUGUGCUCGGCUCAUUUCACCACAGCAACAUCUCAACCUACAGCAAUUCCUCAAGGAUAGAUAUGUUCCACACUGCUCACCACAUGCUCUACAAGCAGCGGUACAGAGUUACGUAGAUGUUACUCGAUACUGAAACUCUGGACUUACUCCUACAUUGGCCGACUGUCCUGCUUGAACAAACCUGAGGACGGUGUAACUUACCGUUCAGAAACAUCCCGUGGUAACAAACUGUAAAUAUGUGGCUGGUCUUCUAUAGCUACAAACAUAACGUGACUUUCAGCUGUGUUUACCAGAGGAUCCUCAAUGGACCAGAAUGAGGCCGGUGAUUGGCCUGAUCGUUUGUCACUCAGAGUGCAGUCAGACAAUCAGAGGAGGGGCUCAUAAAUAAUUAUGAGGCUGGCGAAAACAGCCUGUCGUGUCUGCAGCUCCCGAGAGAGGCAGAAGAGAGGACACGGAAAUACACAUUGCAGCAGUUUUUCGACUUUAAACCACUGAUAUAUCGUCUUAGGGGUACCAAUACUUCAAAUUAAAUCCCAGAAAGGUGUAAAAUAUGGGCUCUUUAAUGGAAACUCAGUCAAGUCUGAACUAAAAACAACUUAGCAUUCGGUAGCCAAGUAUCCGAUAACUUAUGAACCCCUAAAAGAUUAGGCCCCAGAUUUGAGGUUAUUUUGAGUUGUUUCUACUUUCAUGCACACCUGCUCAAAUUUUAGCGGGACUUGGUACUUAAAUGUAGUAUCCAUUAGAGCCCGACUGAUUUAUUGGUUGGCCUACAACCAAUUAGCCGACGUUGGGCUUUAUUUCAAAUUGAAUGUGCAGGAGAUCAGUGCAAGUAAGUCCCUACCCGGAACUUGUGGAUGGUGGACUGUGUGUAUAUUAAUGCCAGCAUAAGUUCUGCUCUUACAGAAUCUUAUCUAUUAUCAUAUUAUCUAACAUAAGGAUAAUGGUCUGUAUUUAAAUAGCGCUCUCUACUCUUGACCACUGAAAGUGCUUAACAUGCAUCUAUGGGCAGCAGUUUUUUUCCGAUUAGAGGCAAUUCGGGGCUCAGCAUCUUGCCCAAGGACACUUCGGCAUGCAAAUGUGGAAGACUGGAUUCGAUCUGCUGGCCUCCUGGUUAGAGGACAACUGCUCUACCCCUCAGCCACAGCUGCCCAAUAAAGAGUGGCCAAACAUUCAAUCUUUUAAUAUUUCAGAUGAAGGUUUGCACCCCUAUCCCCAAGCUAUGAGGCAGCUACCUGUGACCCCUGAGAGACAUGAUAGUGUGAAACUAGUAACCCGUCAUACUGAGAGACGAAUUUAUGUAAAGGAGCAAUUCCCCCCCCCCCCCCCCAAAAAAAAAGUUAAACAUUACAGAAGUUUCUUAUCAAGUCAAAUUUUAUUCUGAUGCUGACUCUUAUGAGACAUUAUUAUUUUUUGUGUAUGUACAAAUUGGUUGAUAAAUUGAAGUAAUCAUUUCAAAUAUUUAUUUUCCCCCACAGCCAAAACUGCACCAUUAAGUGUGCCUGCCUUACAAGCCACUGUGAGGGAGCCAGCUCUGCGGCCUCUGAGGCAACAGGACUCAAAUAUGUGUGUGUAUGUCUGUGUGUUUGUUAAUGUGUGUGCGCGUCUCUAUUGAGCACAUGUUGAUGUAUGAAUUUGUCGGGUUGUUUGUAUGUGCAGAGUUAGUGAAGUAUGGAUUUGGUGUGUGUUUGCUGUUUGGAUGAAUGUCUGUGUGAGAACUCGGGGAGGGAGGAAUAAAAUUCAGAGUAUGGAUUUAGAAAUACCUCAAGACCAUCUGGUUAUGCUGCUAAAUUAAAUAUGUUGGUUUAUAAAAAUGGAUUAAAAUGUCCUUUACACUUG